AAUAGCACUUGUUUCAGAUUUUCUUCAAAAAGAACAGAUUACUAGGUAAAGGAGGUGUAGUCAAAUUGGAACAGCUCAUGGAAGCUUCUUAGUUCUUAAUCUUCAAAAUUGGCCCUUACUCUUCAUGCAUCAAGAGAUUUCACUUUCUAACAAAAUCAGUACAAGUGAUAAGUGCCAACAUUGUUUUGCUUAAGCUUGUGUUCUGUCAGGAAGAAAACCCUCUGAAACUCUGGAUCUCAAAAAAUAUAAAAUAAUUGCCCUCUGUAACCCAUGAACAAGUUUUUGCAAACAAAAUUUACGACACUUUACCACUACCUGCUUUUCCACUAACAAUGUUAUUAAAUCACAGUUUUGAUUAUUAUUACCAACUUCCUCACCUUGUAACUGGUCCCAGCUUGAGGGAGAGAAGACAUCUAACAAAACCAUAAUGGAUAGAUUAUAGUUUCAGACUUUCAUUUUCGAUCUUGUUGGUAUCAGUAACUGUAAGCGUACACCACUAUAAGGGGUGCCGCAUAUGUGUAUGCAACUUUGAAAGUGACUUUCUGCGGAAUUCUGGAUUGAUCCUAUUUGCAGUUGCUGCCAGUUUUCUAUUGGGAAUUACUGUGGUAGCGACGUUUGUCAUUUUCAACACUCAUCUUAGGCAUCUGCAAAUUGUGGGUCUGAUGAAGCAUAUUUUUGGAUGUGAUAAGUUGAGGGAUCAUAGGGUUGUGGUUUAUACGGUAGGAUGUAUAAUUUUAACUGCAAGGUAGAUAUUGAGUACUUUCCAGCAGUUGCCUUUGUUUGAUAUUGUUUAGCCACUGGAAUUACCAGAAUUACCUGUACAUAAUAAACAGAAUCAUGAUAUCCUCUUAUGUAUGUUAUGGGUUUAUAAACCGUUGCACUUGUUUAAGAAUUUCCAUCAUAAACUAAAGAGUGUCCUAGCAGAACUAGAAAAAUAUACAGUGGAAAGUAGUUUUAGUGUAAAGAACACAUGCAGGUACCUGAUACGUAAGUGGUUAAAAAUAUAUAUGCACCUGGCACCAUCACUUUGAUCUUUCAGCAAAUCUAGGUCUUUAAUAUUUGUUUAAUCGAAAUUCCUCAACCAUUGAAUUCCCUUUUUACGAGUAUAUAAGAAUGCAUUUGUAGUCUAAGCACUUUAGCAUCAAACUAGCCUCAAUAUUUGGUGCUCAAUUCUUCAAAAACUGUGAGAGUAGAAGAGAGAGACAUCUCUCCAAGUUCUCCCAAACACUUCAAUCAACAAUGGAUUCUUUUGCCGUUGAGACCUCCGAGGCCCAACAAACACUUGACCUUGAGAAAAAUGGGCACGUCGAAAGGACUCAGUGGGUGCUAAAUGCUCCUGAGCCACCAAGCUUUUGGCGUGAGGUGCUGGACUCUGUAAAGAAAACCAUUAAGCCUCCUGGAAACACAUCAGAAAUUCUCAAGAGGCAGCCUGGAUCGAAACGUGUUGUUCUGUUCUUGCAGGCAAUAUUUCCAAUUCUUUCUUGGGGUCGAAACUACAAGGUGACCAAGUUCAAGAAUGAUCUAAUGGCGGGCCUUACACUUGCAAGCCUCUGCAUCCCGCAGAGUAUUGGAUAUGCAACUUUGGCUAAGCUUGAUCCUCAAUAUGGCCUCUACACAAGUGUCGUUCCACCUCUCAUUUAUGCUGUCAUGGGAACUUCAAGAGAGAUAGCAGUUGGACCUGUAGCUGUGGUUUCACUGCUUGUGUCUUCAAUGAUUCAGAGACUAGAAGAUCCUGAGACCAAUCCAACAGCAUAUAGAAAGCUUGUUCUCACCGCAACCUUCUUUGCAGGCAUCUUUCAAGCUGCUUUUGGACUAUUCAGGUUGGGUUUCCUUGUGGAUUUUCUAUCACAUGCUGCACUUGUUGGGUUCAUCGCCGGUGCUGCGAUCAUCAUAGGCCUUCAGCAACUAAAAGGACUUCUUGGGGUUACUCAUUUCACUAAUAAGACUGAUGUUGUCUCUGUCCUGAAAGCUGUUCUGCGAUCAGUAGAUCAUUCUUGGAGUCCUCAUAAUUUCAUUCUGGGCUGUGCAUUCCUGAGUUUCAUCCUAACAACUAGAUUUGUUGGGAAAAGAAACAGAAAGCUGUUCUGGUUGCCAGCCAUUGCUCCUCUGAUAUCUGUCAUAUUAUCUACGCUUAUUGUCUUCCUCACAAGAGCCGAUAAACAUGGAGUGAAGAUUGUAAAACGCAUCAAAGGAGGCUUAAAUCCAAGCUCAGUGCAUGAGUUACAUUUCAAUGGCCCAUAUAUUGGAGAAAUUGCUAAAAUUGGACUUGUCAUAGCUGUUGUCGCUCUCACGGAAGCGAUUGCAGUUGGUCGAUCUUUUGCAUCUGUAAAGGGAUACCAUCUUGAUGGAAACAAAGAGAUGCUUGCCAUGGGCUUCACGAACAUCAUUGGAUCUUUGACUUCAUGCUAUGCUGCAACUGGUUCAUUCUCGCGCACUGCUGUUAAUUUCAGUGCUGGUUGUGAGACUGCUGUGUCAAAUAUAGUGAUGGCUAUUACAGUUCUCAUAUCAUUGGAGUUAUUCACAAAGCUCUUGUUCUUUACUCCAACUGCGAUCCUUGCUUCAAUUAUUCUUUCGGCUCUACCAGGGCUAAUUGAUGUCCAUGAAGCUUAUCGAAUUUGGAAGGUUGAUAAGUUAGACUUCCUUGCCUGCCUCGGUGCAUUUGUUGGGGUGUUGUUUGUAUCAGUGGAGAUCGGUUUACUUAUUGCGAUAACGAUAUCAUUUCUGAAGAUCAUUCUAAAUUCUCUACAACCAGGCACAGAAGUUCUAGGAAGACUCCCGGGGACUGAGAUUUUAUUCGAUGUUGACCAAUAUCCAAUGGCUGCUGAAACUCUUGGGGUGCUAGCAGUCCGUGUAAAGUCUGCCUUGCUUUGUUUUGCAAAUGCAAAUUUUGUCACAGAGAGGAUUCUGCGAAGGGUAUCUGAAGAAAGAAAGGACGCAAAAGGAAGCACUAGCACUGCCAAGAAAGUUGACCUAGUGAUUCUCGACUUGUCCAAUUUGGUGAACAUUGAUACAUCAGGGAUUGCAUCUCUAGAGGAAUUGCACAAGAAUCUUGUCUCAAAUGGAAUGGAGAUAGCAUUCACAAACCCAAGAUGGCAAGUGAUUCACAAGCUAAGGCUGGCAAACUUUGUUGGCAAAGUUGGAGGUGGAAGGAUUUUCUUGACAGUUGCAGAAGCACUGGAUGCAUGUAUUGGCGGUCGAAGGGCUGCCAUCUAAAGUGUUGAAGUGUCAACACAUCUCUUGGAUUUUCUUGUGUUAUAUGUAAGCUUGUGUGUGUGAUCCGUUCCCUUGCAUGUAUUUGUAUAAUAAAAGGGAGACGAUGAUUUUAAUAAUUUCAGAACCCUAAACAAGAGGAGGUUCAAGAGAAAAAUGCAGUUGACAUGUUGUGUAAUAUGGUGAUAUAAAGUAAGCUGUGGGGUCUUGUGUUGAUGGCAAGUAAGUGCUGCAAAAGCUAUAAAAGUAUCACAGACAUGUUGUUGUGUCAUUGA